AUGAAGAUCGUAUACAUUGGUGUCCUCCGGAAAGCCCAGCCCGACGCGGUCGAGCUAUGCUGCGAACGGGAGCUGAGCAGCUACUCCCGCUUCACAAAGGGAAGCAUCGCGGAGUUCACAACCAUGUUUAGCAAGAUCGUCACCUCGCGCACCGAACCUGGACAACGGCAGGAUAUUCAGGAGAAAGAUUUCGUCUUCCACGUCUACGCCUCCAGCCAACAACGCGGUCUCACCGGUGUUAUCAUCAGCGACGACGAGUACCCCUCCCUCGCUGCCCACCAGAUCCUCUCAAAGGUUCUCGACGAGUUUAGCACACAGCAUCCCAACGCUGCAACCUCCAACGGUCCCAUCUCCUUCCCCCCGCUCCGCAACUACAUCGCCCAAUACCAAGAUCCGCAAAACGUCGGAAGUAUUCUGAAGAUCCAGAAGGAGCUGGACGAGACCAAGGUCGUCUUACACAAGACUAUCGAGAGCGUCCUGGAACGCGGCGAGAAACUCGACGACCUCGUGCAGAAGAGCGAAGGCCUCAGCUCUCAAAGCAAGAUGUUCUACACAAGCGCGAAGAAGCAGAACUCUUGCUGCAUUGUCAUGUGA